AUGGCGGGCAGAGAGCUGGGCGGCGGCGACCGCGGGUCCACAGAGGCCGCGCGCCCAGCCCGCCCGCACCGCGCCAUGGCCCCGCGCGCCCGGCGGCGCCGCCAGCUGCCCGCGCUGCUGCUGGCCCUCUGCGUGCUGCUCGUCCCGCUGCAGGUGACCCUCCAGGUCAGUCCUCCGUGCACCCAGGAGAGGCAUUACGAGCAUCUUGGACGGUGUUGCAGCAGAUGCGAACCAGGAAAGUACCUGUCUUCUAAAUGCACUCCUACCUCUGACAGUGUGUGUCUGCCCUGUGGCCCGGAUGAGUACUUGGAUACCUGGAAUGAAGAAGAUAAGUGCUUGCUGCAUAAAGUCUGUGACUCAGGCAAAGCCCUGGUGGCGGUGGAUCCUGGCAACCACACGGCCCCACGUCGCUGUGCCUGCACGGCAGGCUACCACUGGAACGCAGACUGCGAGUGUUGCCGCCGGAACACGGAGUGCGCACCGGGCUUCGGAGCUCAGCAUCCCUUGCAGCUCAACAUGGACACAGUGUGCACGCCCUGCCUCCUGGGCUUCUUCUCAGAUGUCUCUUCAUCCACAGACAAAUGUAAACCCUGGACCAAGCAGCAACACCAGAUCUGUGGGGACAAAAUCAAAGCUGCAGUCUUACCAUGCAGCUCCUCGGGGCCACUGAUGGAAUUUGCAGAGUCAACUGAAGAACAAACAUGCAAUGUGCCUGGUGUGACAGUUAAUAGGAACCUCGGGGUGAUGGUGACGAUAAAGCCUCUGUGCCCACGGCCCUGGCAGGAAAGCCCGGGAUACCUCUCCAGGGGUGUGGAAGUGCAGUCUGAGGCGCAGGGCAGCUGGAGCUGGCUCAGGGGACCCUGGGCCUUUAAGGACCCGGCCACCGGCCAGCUGGCUGUUUCUCAGGCUCUCAGACAUGAGGCUCCGCUGGAUGUCGUUGAAGAGCUGAGGAGGAACGUGACGGGAAACAGUAACUCCACAUUCAUCUCCAGCGGGCAGGUGAUGAACUUCAAGGGUGACAUCAUCGUGGUGUAUGUCAGCCAGACCUCGCAGGAGGGCCCGGGGCCGGCAGAGCCGGAGCCGGAGCCGGAGCCCGUGGGCCGCCCGGUGCAGGAGGAGUCGCUGGCACGAAGAGACUCCUUUGCGGGCACUGCGCCGCGCUUCCCCGAUGCCUGCACCCCCGGGGCUGGGCUGCAGGAGCAGGAGACAUCUCGGCCGAAGGACGGGGCAUCACGGCCGGUGCAGGAGCAGGGGGUCUGAACAAUGUACAGAGAGACCGCACCUUCUCUGCCUGCCCUGGGCACAGGGCACCAGUGGCUUUCCAAAACCGUGCCGUGGCUAGCCACUGAGCACCUCCUCACAGAUGCAGGCUGCUGGCACGGUGGUGGGUGGAGCUCAUCUCUCACUUCCUCCAGCGCCCUCUCCUCUGCCUCCCACCACCCGGCAUCAUUCAGUUUGGCCUUUUUUGCAACGUUGGUGUCCUGCAUGAUUGAGAUGUAUAUCACCCACCCCCAUAUUUAUUAUUCAUUUGCUUUUGGAGUGUUUUCUGAUACUUUCCUCUCUCUCCUGACCAUUCUGAAGGUGCUGUCCCUUUACAUUAUUUUGCACUCCUCCCAUCUGGUGACAGCGACAGCGUUUUCCAGUGUCCUCUAAGCACUUUCAGAAAAGGGCCAGACGUGUAGAGCAGGGGAGUGAAGUGCAAGACACGAGUAGAGGGAUUUUAUUUUCUGAAAACAGUCUGCGUCUCAGUUUUUCUCCAAAGAGUGAGAGGGACACAGGGUCACCACCACGAAGGCUUUCAGUUUAUGUAGAUCCUUGAGGGCUAAGUUCAGGUGGUCUGGUCCCUUACCUGUUUUUGUUUUCGUUUUUUUUUUUUUCCACAGUGGCAGGUACUUGGCCACUAAAUCUCAAAAAAAAAAAAAAUCAUACGUUUUGUGGUUUGGGCAUUCUUAUUUUCUGAAUGGUUAGCUGUCUAGAAAAGACAGAGGAAAUACAUAGAACAUAAGGCUCAAGGGGAAAAAAAUGAAGGUGCCAGGGAAAUUCAAGAAACAAUGAAUAAAGUUGACGUGGUAA